CUUUUUUCGAUCAAGUAAGAUCAUAGAAAAAUACGAGUGUGCUUCUGCGUGACCUGUUUUUUUCGUUAAGCGCUUGAUUUUCGUGGUACCAGCAAGGUGAUAGAUUUGAACAAACGUACGUUAAAUUGCGCGGGAAUUUGGCCAGAAAGGAUUCACGAGCCGGUUUUCAUUUUUUUUUCCGUUUACUUGGCCGUACAUUGUACAAUGGGUGUCGUCUCGAUUACCGAUAACAUGUCGGACAUGGAAUACAUUAUCGGUUGCAUAGAAGAAAAUAUGUUCAAUUUUAUGACACUAUUGAAGAUAUGCAUAUGCAGAAUGAAAAGUAAUUCUUUGGCCGAAUUUUUAAAGGACAUCAAAGUCGAUCUUAUUCCAGGAAGAUACAAAACCGAUGAGGAAAAGAUCGCCUUUUUAAAUUAUAACAGUUUCAGUCUAAAGUUCGUCAAGGUCACUAUAGUAUCUUGCGUUAUAGCUGCUACACUGUAUUAUCUGUCCGUUUUAGCUGCUAACGUUGAAAUGGUCAUGGCAAAUUCGUCUUACGGAUACAGAUUGCCAUAUAAAAGUCGUCCGCUGAUCGAACCAACAAAUCUAAUAACCUACAUUUGUCUUUGUCUGUAUCAAUUUUUAAUAGUACUAAUUAUCAUUUUCGGUUAUGUCGGAACGGAUUGUCUAUUAAUCAGUUUGGUACUUCAUGUCAGCGGUCUUUUUUCUGCACUUUCCUGCAAAGUAAAACACGUUUUGAACAAUCCAGAGAAUCGUAGACAUCGAAUAAAAAAAUUAAUUUUGAAACACAUACGUCUAGUACGAUUAGCUGAAUCUUUGGAAAGUGAUUUCAACAUACUGAUUUUACAACAAUUAUUGGGAAGUACGAUUCAUCUUUGUCUUCUCGGUUACGACGGGCUCGUUACUACGUCAGCAGGAGAGGAAGCAAAGUUAAUCGCUUUUGGCAUAACCGCAGGUUGUGUUUUAAGUACGCUAUUGGCUUAUUGCUAUAUUGGAGAAUGUCUUAUUAAUGAAAGUAUGUCCUUCGGUGAAUCAUUCUAUCACUGCGAAUGGUAUAACAUAUCACAAGAGGAGAUUAAAUUAAUGCACAUAUGCAUGAUGCGAUCGACCAAACAAAUGCAACUUACUGUCGGGAAAUUCUUCGCGUUGUCGUUGACUACAUUUACAGAUGUUGUGAAGACAUCAAUGGCGUAUCUAUCCGUACUCCGAACAUUUAUGUAAAAAAAACAAGAAAAAAUACAUUAGAAGGAAAAUGAAAAUAAAAUACAAUAGAUAAUUUUUAUGUAAUAUUGAAAAAGAAGACAUGGU